ACAAAGGAAACUGAAUCGCUUGUGGGAGGGUCACCUUCAAACACGAGACUGUGGGCGGGAAACACUUUCAUUGGCUCUCUAUCCAACCCGUCAAACUAUGAGCUGACCAAUAGAAACAUUUUAUGGGUUCGGCCGACGAAGACACGCAAUCAGACAACAGGCUCCGUGACGCUAAACAUUUGCAUGUGAGAGUGAAUAAAUACCACAGCGACGAGACUCUUCAACAUUCAGCAUUUACUAACUUCUGAAGAAGCAUCAUGCCUGAACCAGCCAAACCCGCGCCCAAGAAGGGCUCUAAGAAGGCCGUCACCAAGACCGCCGUUAAGGGAGGAAAGAAGCGCAGAAAGUCCAGGAAGGAGAGUUACGCCAUCUACGUGUACAAAGUGCUCAAGCAGGUCCACCCCGACACCGGCAUCUCUUCCAAGGCGAUGGGCAUCAUGAACUCUUUCGUCAACGACAUCUUCGAGCGCAUCGCCGGUGAGUCGUCUCGUCUCGCGCACUACAACAAGCGCUCCACCAUCACGUCGAGAGAGAUCCAGACCGCCGUGCGUCUGCUGCUGCCCGGUGAACUCGCCAAACACGCCGUGUCCGAGGGCACCAAAGCCGUCACCAAGUACACCAGCUCCAAGUAAAGCGCCGCUUUCAUCCGCCGCACACAAAGGCUCUUUUAAGAGCCACACACUUAUUCCGUUAAAAGAGAUUUUCAUGUUUGUAAAGAUGUGAAGUGUAUUUUUUUCAUUAGUGUUAUGAUUUAAAUAACGAUUUGAUUAAUGUAAAAUAUAUUUACAUUUGAUGGUUUUUCCUUAGACAAAACAGCCAUUUUUGAUUUUCACAGUGACUUAAUUUGUGUGACAAAGUUAUUAAAAAUAUUUAAAUUAAUGUUGGUUCAUUACGGGCACUAAUGUAAAACUUACUGCAGUAAAACAAAAUUAGAAGUCUUUAGAUAGAAAAGUGUAUACAGUUUUCUAAUUUGCAAAUAAUCUUGAUAUGUAUUUAAUUUAAAGAUGGUUUGAAGAUGUCUUUAAAGAUAGAUACCACUGAUAAUAGACAAACUAUUGCUCAACUUCAAAUAAACUAAACAUGUUAUUUUGUUAUAUCAAAACUUGAUGAGCAACUGAAUGACAACUUCACUAAACAUCUGAUGAUAGACUUCAGACACCAGUAAACUUCAGUCUUUAUAUGAGUUUUUAGUAGAGGAAAGCAGAAGAUUUUCUUGUAUAUUGUACUCGAAAGUGUGUAGGUUAAAACUUUAUUGAACAUACUGAAAUAUGGCAAAAUAAUGAGGUGUGCAAGAUCUUCAGCUGACACUGUUUAUACACUCACGUAGAGGAUUAUAAGGUCACCAUACUAAUAGUGUGUUUGACCCCCUUUCGCCUUCAGAACUGCCUUAAUUCUACGUGGCAUUGAUUCAACAAGGUGCUGAAAGCAUUCUUUAGAAAUAUUGGCCCAUAUUGAUCGGAUAGCAUCUUGCAGUUGAUGGAGAUUUGUGGGAUGCACGAAGCUCCCGUUCCACCACAUCCCAAAGAUGCUCUAUUGGGUUGAGAUCUGGUGACUGUGGGGGCCAUUUUAGUACAGUGAACUCAUUGUCAUGUUCAAGAAACCA